AUGGCGUUCUUUGAUAAGAAUCGAACGGGUGAACUUAUUUCUCGCUUAUCGGUCGAUACUGCCAUUGUUGGCAAAAGUAUUACUGGCAAUGUCAGUGAUGGGUUAAGAGCGUUAGCUACUGCAAUCGUAGGCAGCUCCAUGAUGCUGUGGGUCAGUCCAAAACUGACAGCAGUGAUGAUGAUUGUGGUCCCUCCUGUGAGCAUUUUCGGUGUUAUAUAUGGUCGCUAUGUCAAGACGCUGUCGCGAAAAACGCAAACAGCACUGAGUGAGAUUACCAAACUCGGCGAAGAGCGGAUAAGCAGCAUCCGUACGGUGCAAGCUUUCGCAAAGGAGAAUGUAGAGGGCAAACGCUACCAUCAAAAGGUAUUGGGCGUUUAUGAUCUGGCCCGAAAGGAGGCUAUUGCAAGUGCGGUAUUCUUUGGUGGUGCAGGUCUUUCUGGCAACUUGGCAAUUCUGGCAGUAUUAUGGUAUGGUGGCCACAUGGUGAUGAAUGAUGCUAUUACCAUUGGUCAACUGGCAUCUUUCAUGUUAUACACUGCCUACGUUGGCACUUCUUUGGGAGGUUUAACGUCGUUUUACUCGGAAAUUAUGAAGGGCGCUGGUGCAGCUGAGCGCCUAUUCGAAUUACAGAAUAAGCAGAGCGGCAAGAUUCUGGAUACGUUACAGGGCAAGAUCCGCUUUGAAAACGUGUUCUUCACAUACCCCACUCGACCACACUCUCCUAUCUUUAAAGAUCUUUCGCUAACCAUCCAACCGGGAACUGUAAUUGCUAUUGUUGGUUCAUCUGGCUCUGGAAAAUCAACUAUUGGAUCGUUGUUAUUACGCUACUAUGAUGCGGACAAGGGAUCUAUCUACAUUGACGAUGAAAACCUCAAAGACAUCAACUUGCACUGGUGGCGCGAAAACGUUGGUGUGGUAUCGCAAGAACCUGUCCUUUUCGCUGGCACCAUCCGUGACAAUAUCGCUUACGCCAAAGAAAGUGCGACCAUUGACGAAAUCAAAGAAGCUGCCACCAAAGCCAACUGUGCCUCGUUCAUUGAAUCCUUCCAUGACAAAUAUGACACUGUUGUGGGUGAACGCGGUGUCAGCCUGAGCGGUGGUCAGAAGCAGCGUAUCGCUAUUGCUCGUGCAUUGCUCAAGAAUCCGUCAAUUCUUGUUCUGGAUGAAGCCACAAGUGCUCUGGAUAGUGAAUCAGAAGUCUUAGUGCAAGAUGCCUUGAACCAUCUAAUGCAAGGAAGAACAGUUGUUACAAUCGCUCAUCGUCUUUCCACGAUUCGCUCGGCCGACCUUGUCAUGUGUCUUGAAAACGGUGGUGUUGCAGAAAUGGGCACCUAUUACGACUUGCUGAAUAAGAAGGAUGGUGUUUUCCGAAAGCUGGUUGAGCUUCAAUCGCUUGGAGGAGACCCCUCGCAACAAAAGCGCCAUCACCGUGACGAGCAGCAGCAUGACAAUAAUGAUAACGACUAUAACGCUGAACGAAACGAUCACAACCGAUACUGA